AUGUCGUUAUCAUUCCUCCCAACCGAGCUGCGGCAAAUGAUAAUCGAAGAGGUGCUCACGACUCCUCUGUCACCGCCUAGCGUCCCUAGCGAAGUCCGUGAUCAGAAUUGGUCCUAUCCCCACAAGUUGUGCGGGCACCUCCACAUGGGACGCAAUCCAGAGGUCGCAUUUAAUACGCAAGAACCCUGGGGAUCGCAAUAUCUCUCAUUGCUGCUGGCCAACAAAGCUUUCAGAGCCGACACCGAAGAGGUACUGAAACGCAUCGGGCGACAGAUCCGGCCUACUCUCGAUGUAAUGCUGAAUGGUGAUGGCAAUCUUCGGGCCACCUGGUUACUUGUGUCGCCGCCUGCGAUAGAGACAGAGCAUUUGAAUGUCAACCUACGAACGCUCGAUUGCAUGAAGAUAUGGGGCGACGAGGGCUCUACGAACGUGGAAACCAAGCGCAACGCGAACAUGUUAGUGGGCCGAUUGCUUCAUCGCAUCACCAGCGUUGGUCUCAACCCUUACGCAAAGUGUCAGCACUCACUGGGUACCCGGAUACACGAGCUACGGAUCACCGUUGUCGCUCCGACAGUCACGGAAAACGAAGGCACGGUUGACGAGAAAGCACCACUCGCAGCAAGGUUGAGCGAGUAUCUCAGCAUGGGCUACUUGGGAAAAUGGUGCCAGAAGAUCGAUGCUAUUGAUAUAUUUGUGGACGAUCGUAAAGCAUAUGCUUUCUCAAGCGCGAAGAACUCCUUCGUGUUGGAUUGGUCACACACGUGGCGGCGCGACAGCGCAAUGGAGGAAUAA